CCGAGGUCUGUCUUGCUGCUGUAAUUUCUUUCUGACAUGGUGCUGAACCUUGGAGACUGAAUGUGCAGAUGAACUGAGAUCCCACCUCGCAUCACCUUUAUAAAGGUGCAUGGACCUGUGCACCUCCCCAACAACUUUCCAAGUGUCCAAUCAAAACAGAACAUGUGCUGAAUUACCAGAGAAGUCAACAUGAAAUACUUGAAUUUCAGCCCUGAACCUGUUUGUCCAAGAGUGAGGAGGCAGAGUCCUGAAUGUGGGCGGAUAAGAAGGCAGAGAGGAGCUAUAAAACUCAGCCCCCUUCCUUUCCAUCCAGGAGUAGCCUUACCCAUCAUCGUUCAGCCAGUUCUCUGUCAUCCAUCAUCAGCAAACAUGCCUCGCAACAGCAGCGCCAGCAUGUACGGAGGAGCCGGGGGUAGGGGCGCCAAGGCGUCCUUGUCCAGCAUUGAGGGACUCCGCAACAUCCUCCACAACAAAAUCGAGAACGACUCCACUCCGGCCAUUCCCACUGCUGCUCCGGUCACUGCUUCCCAGCCCAAUGGCAGUCCCGCCCGCACCUCUCUCCCAGAGAACAAGCAGGAGCUGCAGACCCUGAACAACCGCCUGAAGAACUACCUGGACAAGGUACAGCAGCUGAAGGAGGACAACGGCAAGCUGCAGGAGGAGAUCGAUGACAUUCUGGCCAAGAGGAAGGCUCCUAAGGGAAGAGACUGGGAUAAAAUCCAGAAACCACAGGAUGAACUCGACAAGGAGAUCAAGAAUCUCACCUUGGAAAAUGCCAAGCUGUUGCUCCAGAUUGACAACUCCAAGCUGGCCCUGGAGGACUUCAAUGACAAGUUGGACAAUGAGUCAAGGAUGAAGAAGGAGUUAGAAAAAGACAUAGACACCCUGAAAAAGGACAUCGAGGAGACCAAGCAAACCCGAGAUCAGCUGGAGAAGGAGAUGGAACUGGUCGAGGAUGAGGUGAAACGCCUUGAGACUGACCACAAGAAGGAGGUUGACAAGCUUCGUGAGAAGAUCAAGAACUCAGAGGUGAAGGUGGAGAUUGACUCCCAGAACUCCAACCUGGCCGACAUUGUCAAAAACAUACGRAUCCAUUACCAAAAGCUGGCUGACAAGAACAUGAAGGAGACAGAGGAUUGGUACAAGGACAAGUUUGACAACAUCCAGGUGAAGGAGGCCCAGAACAACGAGGCUUUGGAGUCCGGAAAGUCAGAGUACAACAAGCUGCUGAAGGAGAAGAAAAGCCUGCAAAUGCAGAUUCAGGCUAGCCUCAGCACGAUCAAGGCUUUGGAGGACAAUCUGAACAAAGUCAAGGCUGAGAACAACAACCGACUGGUCCCAAUCAACAACAUCAUCGUCARCCUGGAGGCUGAACUGAAGGAAGUGAGGGCUCAGGUGGAGCAGAAGGUGGAGAGCUACAAAAAACUGCUGUGCCUCAAAAUGAAGCUGGAGAAAGAAAUCCAAGAGUACGACAAGCUGAUGGGCAUAACAGCUGACAAAGAGAGCUUGGAGCUUAAUAUAAGGGACGCAUUGUCACCGGAACCRCAGAGUCCUAACAAUCAGGAUGAGAAAGGGGAGAACGAGGUCCUGGUGGAUGACGGCCGCGACCCCAUUACCCAAUCCUAAACAUAAAACACUCAAUGGGCGGCUGUGGAUUCUGGUAACCUUAACAAGGAACCUAAGAAGCCUAAGAAAUCCAGCAGCCAGAAAAAAUCCAAAAAGAAACAAAAGAAGGC